UUUACUGAUUUUUUUCAUUCUUGACGAGGGAAAACAUCUUACAGGUCUGUGUAAUGAGAAAAGAAGUUAUAACCGUUCAAUGGAACUACUUCAAGUAAUUUUGUUAUCCCACACGCCAGUGAGUGAUUAAAUGGAAAAGAGUCUUCGGGUAAGCAAGAAGACAAGCUUUUGUUUGAGGGUGAAAACAUGAGUGAAAGCUUGAAUAGGGCUGACAGAAAUGGAAAAUCUGAAGCUGAUAUAGAUGUUAACCGAAAGGAAAAUAAGUUUUUAGAACCGCAUAAAAAAACAACAAAAACACCAUUGAAGCAGCAAUCCUCUACCUCACAUUCAAUAUUAGGAGCAAUCAGGUCAGAAUUGAGUACCAUGACAACUCCAACAAAACUUCAGGACACCACUGUUGGAGAACCAUGGACUCCUACUGCGAAUCUGAAAAUGUUAAUCAGUGCUGCUAGUCCAGAGAUCCGGAACAGAGAAAAGAAGAGGGAAUUGCUUGUGGAUGAAGACCAUACUUCCGAGGCAGUUGAGAAUUUACAGAAUCAAUUAUCUGGGGAAGAAUUUCAUCCGAGUCGUAAAGAGAAGAGUCUGGGUUUGUUGUGCUACAGAUUCUUGGCACGGUAUCCUGACUAUCCAAAUCCUGCAGUGAACAAUGAUAUUUGCUUGGAUGAAGUAGCAGCAGAGCUGAAUGUUGAACGUCGACGUAUCUACGAUAUUGUGAAUGUUCUAGAAAGCUUACAUAUGGUGAGUCGCCUUGCCAAGAAUCGAUAUACGUGGCAUGGCCGUCAUAAUCUCACUCACACACUAGGAACAUUGAAAAAUGUUGGUGAAGAUCAAAAAUAUGCAGAACAAAUGUUGCACAUUAAGAAGAAAGGAUUUGAACUGCAUGAGACAUUUGUAAAAGAGCCACUACGUGAACAAAAUUCUGCUAACAAAGGUGAAGUGAAGCCCAAGGAGAUGUACUUUGUGGAACUCCCUGGAAUGGAAUUUCGAGCAGCCUCAGUGAAUGGGCGGAAGGAUAAAUCCCUGAGAGUAAUGAGUCAGAAAUUUGUCAUGUUAUUCCUGGUAUCAAAGCCACGAGUGGUUAGCCUUGACACUGCUGCUAAAAUCCUAAUUGGUGAUGACCAGAAGGUGGAUUUGGAUCAUAGCAAAUUUAAGACUAAAAUAAGGCGACUCUACGAUAUAGCCAAUGUUCUCACCAGCCUUGAACUUAUAAAGAAAGUGCACGUAACAGAGGUGAGAGGACGGAAGCCAGCUUUUAAAUGGAUAGGACCAGAGGCAUUUCCAGAUGUAAAUGAUGUGAAGCCUAUUACACUGACUACCUCAAUUGUAAAUAAUACUCCAUCACCUAAGAUUUCAAAAGAAACACUUGUCAAAAAUCUUUUCCCUGCAUCUACCACCAAGCAAAGUUUCACUCGACAUGCAUCUUUAAACCACUUGAUGCCAAACAUUGGGAAUGAUCAGAGGAGAAUCAGCUCUGCACCGAGUAGCCCAGUUGGGAAAACAUGUGGUGAUUGGGAUAAACCUGGAUUAUAUCCCAGUAAAAUGGACCAACUUGCAACAAUCUGUAAACUUCAGUUGGAGGCACAAUCCAAGAAGAAUGACAGUAAACUCACAACCUCGCCAUCAGAAACCUCUUCCUCACAAGAGCACUCAAAACUUGAUAAGUUCCCUGGACUUGUAGAACAAACUCAACGUACUGGAGUUAAUUCGGUACUCCCUCAGGUUAAACCCACAUUUCAGCCUCUUGGAGUCUAUCCUUUGGUUCACAGACAGUAUUCCUCUGUUUUACCAGUGGUGUUACCUCAAUGCCACUCUGGUGGAUCUUAUACAAUUUAUUUGCAACCUGCACAACCAAGGAACCUGACUGCACCCUCUUCUGGCUCCGCUGUACCAUCUAUAUCCCUUGCCACUGAGAAACACAUUUCGAGUCCAAAUAAUUCAAACUCAAGAAUCCACACCAGUAAAAGGACUGCUGAGAUGUACGCUGAUGCAUCAGGUACAGGUUACAAGGACCAAAGUAGAAAAGCGGCCAAAUGUGAUACUCUCCCUGACCAGUGUCUGAAACAACCUUCCAAGCAUGACCUUAGUGAAGUUUGGAAUUCCAAAAAUUUCAAGGAAGCAGUCAAGAAAGAGAGCCAGCCAGAGAAGGAAACUGUUUUAUUGAGGGGCCAAUCACCAAAUAAAGAUCAGCUUUUUGAGGUUCACCAAGCAAGGCUGAAGGCCCGUAGAGCCUUGAUGACAACUCGGCCUUCCCCUAGGGCCCUACAUCUUGACCCAGAGUUCAUCAACGCUCCUGAAGAUAAGAGUCUUGGUUCAGAAAAACUAGAGCACAGUGUUGAAUGUUUUCUUGAGAAUGAAGAGAAGUGUGGGAUUGUUUUGUCAGAAGGACAAGCUGCCAUGGUCAAAAAUGUUCCAGUGGCAUUUGCGUUUCCUGCCCAUCUUUGUUCAGUCCCCGAGACUUUAAUGCCAUCAGGAUAUCUCAUCCCAUUGCCACAGCAAUCAUCUUGUAGUAACUCAAGUGAUAGAUCUCCUGAAAUGAAAGACAAUUCCGUGUCCUCGCCUGAGCAACAGCUUUAUCAUUCGCCAUUAUCAGGCAUUACACCAAUGACAACUUCGGAUUUUUCCCCUGCCAAUUUACCUGCCACUCACAUCACCCCUUUGAAAUUGCCUUGUCCAAUGGCUGUUCCAUCUUCAGUUGCCUCCCUUCCUGUUGUGAGCCAAGCCAACGCAUCAUCUUUCACUUCUUCAAGUCAUCAUUUUCCUAGUCACAGUCCCAGCCCAGGAAUUCUGAAUUUCACACUGCAGAAUCUUGGUUUAAUCAAUCCAGGAAUGCAGUUUUCGGUGAAUCAAGGACCUUCAAUGACAACUGCUUCCCCAGAACAAGCUGGUUCUCUCACAGCACACACAAAUCUUCAACAUGGAAAGAUGAUCUUUGUUAAGCCAGUAUCUCCUCAUCACCAGUCUGUAGCACUGAUCGGUCUACCACAGCCCAGUAUGCCAGCUACAGCUGAGGAUGCUCAGUCUAUCAGUAGGGAGAAUUUCUUCCGUACGCCAGGACGUCCAUCAUCUUCCAUCCUAUCAUCAGUAUCUACUGUUAUGUCCAAUGGCAAUGGCAAUUGUCCUCAAGGAACUGUGCACCUUCCUCAACGAAAGCUCAAAGUCUGCACUGAAGAAUUUCAAUGACUUUGAAAUGGUCUGUUUAUUAUAAAAAUUAAUGCAUUACUAGGCUAAGAACAAAUCUCAGUCGAUUCUAAACGUGUAACACGUAAUUUGCGUUAAGUGCAUUUUUUGUUACCUGGUGGUGCAUAUUGCUCUAAAGAAUUGUAUUUGAAAAGUUUACAUUGUACCAAUGUGACUGUUAACAAUAGACAAGAGUUAACUAAACCAUGAUCUUCUGCCUCAGCAGAAUAAAACCAGUAUGAAAUCAUAUUCAUAGAAAGUAAUGUGUUUAAACAUAGCAAAAAUUACAAGUAAUAUUCACUUUGCACACAAGACAUGAAACAUAUUAGGAUGAAUUCUAUCCUAUCUAGAAGUUGGUUUAUUAUGUUGGUGUAUGAGUGGUAUAACCAUUUGCACACUUGAACUUGUGGAUUCCAUGAAUAUCUUCCAAAAGGAAUAACAUACUUGUCAUAGAUGAAUAUAUAGUAUUGAGUCUCCUCCUCCAUUGAGAACACUAGCUGGUAAUAGUUACUUCACAACUUGGUCUGUUGGAAAUCAAGAUGAAACUAAACAUCUGAUUGGAGGUGAAAAAUGGUAUGGCUGUACUUGACAAACAUGAUAAUCCAUUGGAAAAAAAUACAAGUACUGUAACUUGUACAUAAUGCUAUAUUUAUAUUACAUUAAAGCAUUAAUUUUAAAUGGAAUUUAAUUUCAAAUUGGUAUACUUAUUCAAUUGUCUCUUGUAAAACCAGCCUGCACAGGUACUGUGAACUGUAGAAAGUCAUAGGUUUGUUAUGAUUU